GAACGACGUCUCUGGAGGUGACGUGCUGGAAAGGCGCUGGUUUGGCUCUGUACUGAGGGGGUUUGGCGGAGGAGGGGGGGAAACAAUGUCUGAGGGCAAAGGUCGAGGCCGAGCCCGAGCCCCUCACCCCACUGGGGGAUCGCAGCGCUCCGCCGCAGGCACCUCCAACGGCACCAUGGCCGGAGCGGGAACUCCGCAGCGCGGCAGGAGGAACUCAGCCGUCUCGGAUUGUACCAUGACCGAGGACGAGGAGCUGGUCGACGGCGCCAUUCCGUAUGGGGCCCGGGAUGAUGACCCGAACCGCCGGAGGAUGCUGAGGCACCAGUACCGGGAACUCAUCAACAGCGUUCAGCAAAAUCGAGAGGACAUGAUCAGACCGAACAGUAAUAAACUAACAGAAGCACUUGAAGAAGCAAACAAGCUGUUUUCCAAUGUCCGACAGACACGCGAGGCAGCAUUGGAUGCGCAGUUUCUGGUGCUUGCAACAAACCUUGGUCAAGAGAAAGCUAAUCAGUUACACACAGACAUGAUGGUUUUUGACCCUUCAGUCUUUGCAGAGGAACUAUUAACAUUCAUGGGCUUGAACCGACUAGAAACUGAAGGGAGUGAUGAUGAUGAUGAAUCUGCAGGGUGGCUUCCAAAAGAUGCCUGGACCAAACUUGGAAAAGAAGCUGAGAAAUAUUUUAAAAGAGCUCCGGCCUUUCAUUUUAUGCUGGGGUCUUUCAAGAGUGAACCUCCAGUUCCCCGACAGAGAACUGAGAGACAGAAGAGGGCCCCAACAAAGGAAGAACAUAGAAUAAUGCCAACACAGCUGAAGAAAAUGGAUGAAUCUCAUCAAGAAGCCACUGAAAAAGAAGUUGAAAGGAUCUUGGGAUUGUUGCAGGAGUACUUCAAAUCUGACCCUGAGACGCCGAUCAAUUUCUUUGACUUUGUAAUUGAUCCACAUUCUUAUGCACGGACUGUGGAGAACAUAUUCCACGUGUCCUUCAUUGUGAGGGAUGGAUUUGCUGCCAUUGGACUUGACCAAGAUAAACUACCAAUCAUUGAGCCAGUGAAUGAAGCUGUUGAUAAUGAAAGGCCACAACAACAAAGGCAACAGACAGUUAUUUCUUUGAGUCAGCAGGAGUGGAAAGAAAUAAUUGACACAUUUGAAAUUGCAGAUGCCAUGAUACCGCCAUCCAAGCAAGGAGACUGAUUGAUUAAAUUCUUUGACAUAUUCAACGUGCCUUAUCGAAAAUCUCUACAAGAAAUAGAAGAUGUAAUCUUCAAAGUGAGAAUUAUCUUGUAUAUUUAGCUAAGAAAGUUUGUACAGCAAUGUAAUAAACAUUACCAUGUUUAUUUGUGUAAUUUUUAGUUUAUUUUUUUAAAUUAACAAUCCCAGCUACUUGUUGCUUGGAUGUAGUCUUGCAUUUUUUAAAAAUAAAUUGUUUAAUUUUCCGA